AUGAGUCUAUCUGUAGUUAGCACACAAACGGAAGCCCAGUACAAUUUGGACAACGGCAAAGCGCCAGCCUACAGUGAUUACAAACAAUACAUUGAAGUCGACUUUGAAUCGGAAGACGAAGGGUCUUACAAAGAUAGUGCGAUCACAACUGAUUACUCCUCAGACGAAGACUAUUCUGAUAGAGACUACGAGAGUGAUAACAUUGGUUCGAGUUCUAGAUCAUCAUAUCAAAUGGAUAUGCAAGAGUAUUCAAGCGAAGAUGAAAGUAUCUAUGAUGACUAUGAAGAAGAGAUGCAAGACCAAGAAUUAGCCGAUAUCAUCGAAAAGAAGGAACUCCUCCAAUCUAUGAUUGAAAAAGUCCAACUGGCUACAGAAGAACAGGAGCUUGAAAUACAAGAGAAAAAAGAAGAGCUUGAAGAGUUAUACGAGACUUACUACAAAUUAGAACAAGAAUUAGAGAUUCCAAGGAGUCGUUCAAUAUGGUUCGGAUGUCUUGUCCUGAAUCUUCUUCUCCCAUUUCUAGUCGUCGUUUUCCUGACCACUUAUUCACAAAAUGCUGAGGAUACUGCGAUCCACUAA